UAGUUUUCAACAUUUCAUCUCCAUUCGCACACAGAAGGAACUGGUCUCCAACUCUCCAUAACCGAACAAUCUCUGAUCUCUCGUCGAUCUCAACCAUCACUCUCAGACCCAACCACUCACUCUGUCUCUUCCUCUAUGUGCUCUCGUUCAUCAUCACGAAUCACGAUCUAGGGUUCACCAUGGAUCCGAACGCAAUGUAAAUCAUCUCGCACUGCAUUCUCUCUUCGCGCGUCUUGUAACAAAAAUCACAAAAAACGCAAUGGGAGUAGUCAUUGAGAGCUUCGUUUGGGAACCGAAUCCAUCCAUAUACAUCUUCCUCUUCGUCUGUUGCAUCUUCUCGAUCCUUCUUUUCCCUCACGCCUCUAACCUCAACAGAACCUCCACAAUCUUCGAUCAUGGACUCUCUUCCUCAUUCCUUCGCUUCCAGCGGAACUUCCUCUUCCUCUAUUCUCUCGCUUCAGUGAUGGAAGGUCUGUGGUCAGUGUUUGGGGAGUUUGAGUUAGCUUCAUAUGGACUUGGCAAGGAAAAGAUGGUUGCGUCUCUCUGCUAUGGAUAUACAACAGCUCUCUUUGCUGCGCCUUUCCUUGGCGUGCUUUCAGAUUUGAUUGGUCACAAGAAAGUAUGCUUGAUCUUUUGCACCCUACACUUCUUUGUUGGCGUAUGGAAGAAGAUUUCAGAGCAACCAAGCAUUUUCACAACUAGCAUAUGUCUCUCUAUGGCAAAUACAAUAUUUUCAUUUAGUUUCGAGACUUGGAUGGUCACUCAACAUGAGAAGCAAGGGCACAGACUAGAUUCACUUAAUGACACAUAUUGGUUAAUGACCUUCUUUGAGUCUGCGUGUUUUAUUGCAAGCCAAAUGUUUGCAAAUUGGCUGCUUGGUAAUAAUAUGGAGAAAAGCACUGCUCCUUCCACUGCAAUUAUCUUCUUAGCAACCAUAUGCUUCACUUUUGUCACCAGAGGAUGGACAGAAACUCAAGGAACAGCAUCUCUUAAGGAGUAUAGCCUGUCCUUCUAUGCAUAUAUUUUGGGUGAUAAAAGGAUAUGGUUGUUGGCAUGGGCACAAGCUUGUCUUCAUUUCUCCCUUGGAAUAUUUUGGAUUCUUUGGGCUCCUACAGUGGUGGCUGACGGACGAGAAGUGCAAUUAGGAUUAAUAUAUCCAUGCUUUUUGGGGUCAAGGAUGCUAGGAAGCACUGUGUUUCCUUGUCUUACUAGUGGGCCAUCAUCUCUUAGAACUGAGGACUGCCUGGUAUAUGCAUACAUCAUACUGGCUCUUCUCCUGUCUAUUGUGGCCUAUGACUAUCAGGAAAUUGGAGUUCUGGUGACACUAUUUUGCUUAUUUCAUGCUUGUGUCGGGUUCAUUUCACCAUCUCUUGCAAGAUUGAGGACCAUGUAUGUGCCUAAUGAAUUGCGUGGAGGGAUGAUGGGCCUUUCUCUUGCUCCUGCAAAUGCUGCAAUUCUGCUUUCUGUGGUGCAAGGUGGUUAUUAUCAAAAUGUUGGAAAUGCAACGUUAAUGGCAUUUGGCGUGUUUGGUCUAUUGCUAGCGGCUGGUUGCAUGCAUGCACUGAAGCAAUGGGGGAAGCAACCGUAUAACAACUGGCAUAAACAGUGAAUGUUCCUUUGGCAGGCUUUGGUAAUGGUGGAUUUCUGUCUCUCGUUGUAUGCAAUGAGGAGUAAAGAGAUGAAGAACUUUAGAUCAUACCAAUGCAGGCAAGAGCAAAUAAAUUUCCGAAAAACAAAAGUAACCACUGCUGAAUGCUUAUUAACUGGACUGAAAUCGUGGUACCUUUUGUAAGGACAAAGAGAGACUGAACAAUGAAACUUCACAGUUCAAUUCAUCUUUACAUUUAGUCUCUUGCCUACUUUGCUGCUUGGGUUUUGCUUAUGGAGAAUAUAGUCAAACCACGCAAAGCAUCCGAAGCUGCUAUCAGAAUCUGUAUAUGCGAGUUCUUGUCCAGAAGUGCACAGAAGACCAUAAGGUGGUGGAGGUGGAAUGGGCAUGAAUACAGUAUCUUCGUCAUCCAGUACUUGAUCCCGUAUCCACUUCGUAGCUACCCACUUCUCCCCUUUUAUUACGGGGCAGCUCCCGUGGAGUGACAUCUGCCAAAUAACAUAUAGAUAGUCAAACAAAGUGCGGAUUAUGAUCCUCUACAGUUUGAAACAAAACUGCAUAUGAUACUCAAGCUGUUCAAAAUAGUUUCUAUUUUAAAUAAAAACUGCAGUAGAAUUUGAUUGAAUAAAAACUAGCCAUUGGAUUUUGAACUGCAGAGGAUGCAGUUCAUUUUAGAACUGCAAAUGAACUGUAGAGGAUCCAUGUCCAAUAUUGUGAGAUCAGAAAUAUUCUACAAUUUAGCACAUAAUUAUUACAA